CUGGACACUGCUAUGGAGGCCUACUUGGGGGCCGCUGACUAUGACCCUCAUACACAGCUGGACGACGAUGAGGACAGCUCCCCCCAGGGUGGCUGGGACACGGUCUUCCUGGUGGCCCUGCUGCUGCUGGGGCUGCCCGCCAACGGGUUGAUGGCAUGGCUGGCAGGCUCGCAGGCCCGGCACGGGGCAGGCACGCGGCUGGCAUUGCUCCUGCUCAGCCUGGCCCUCUCUGACUUCCUGUUCCUGGCGGCAGCCGCCUUCCAGAUCCUGGAGCUCCAGCAUGGAGGCCACUGGCCGCUGGGGACAGCCGCCUGCCGGUUCUACUACUUCCUGUGGGGCGUGUCCUACUCAUCGGGCCUCUUCCUGCUGGCGGCCCUCAGUCUAGACCGCUGCCUGCUGGCCUUGUGUCCGCGCUGGUACCUGGGGCGCCGGCCAGCCCGCCUGCCCCUGUGGGUGAGCGCUGGAGUCUGGGUGCUGGCCACGCUCUUCAGCGUGCCCUGGCUGGUCUUCCCCGAGGCCACCGUGUGGUGGUACGACCUGGUCAUCUGCCUGGACUUCUGGGACAGCGAGGAGCUGCCGCUGCGCAUGCUCGAGAUCUUGGGCGGCUUCCUGCCCUUCCUGCUGCUGCUGGUCUGCCAUGUACUCACGCAGGCCAAGGCCAAGGCCUGCCGCCCAUGCUGCCGCUGCCGCUGCUGCUGCUGCCGCCGCCAACCCCAGCCCCCCGGGGGCCACGGCUUCGCCCGCGUGGCCGAGACCAUCUUGUCGGCCUAUGUCGUCCUCCGUUUGCCCUACCAGCUGGCGCAGCUGUUCUACCUGGCCUUCCUGUGGGACCUGUACCCCGGCUACCUGCUCUGGGAGGCCCUGGUCUACUCCGACUACCUGAUCCUGCUGGACAGCUGCCUGAGUCCGUUUCUCUGCGUCGUGGCCAGCGCCGACCUGCGGGCCCUGUUGCGUGCACUGCUCUCCUCCUUCGCAGCAGCACUCUGCGAGGAGCGGCCAGACAGCUUCAUGCCGCUGCAGGACCCGCACACCCAGGAGGCCGCGGGGGCUGUGACACCGCCAGGGCCAGAGGCUGGCCCCCAGCUAUCAUCAGACUCCGUGGCCCAACCUCCAGUGAACCCCACGGACCAGCCUCCUGCAAACACCACUGCCCAGGCGUACAUGGAUUCAACCGCCCAGACACCAACAGACUCCGUGGUCCAGACCCAGAUAAACCCCAUGGAUCCGCCUUCUGUGAACACCACAGCUCAAUUACACGUGAAUGCCAUGGCCCAGCCACACGUGGACCCCCUGGCCCAGCCACACGUGGACCCCCCGGCCCAGCCACACGUGGACCCCUCAGCCCAGCCACACAUGGACCCCUCAGCCCAGGCACCAUCAGACUCUGUGGUCCAGCCUCAGCCCAACACCCAGGCUCAGACAUCUGAACCCAUGGUGGGCUCAGCCCCUGGCCCCGAUGCCCCAGCCUCCCCUAUCCCUUCCUCAGAUCCUAUCCCGGGGACCCCCGAGGCCCCCGCUGAACCAGCAGCCCCUGAGGGACACAGCCUCAGUAGUGUCCCACUGGACGAAGCUCCCAGUGCAGGCGCCACGUGAGGCCCAGCCAGCCCCAGGCCCACGGGGCAGUGGAAGAGCCGGAGGGCCAGGAGCAUGGAGGACGAUGUGUAGGAAGACUGCAGGGCUGCAUCCCCUCUCUCUACCUCUCUCUCCCUCCCUUCCUCCCUGCCCCGUCCUCCAGUCCGGACAGCUGGACACCAAAUCAAAUGUCCCCGCAGAAAGAGGGGUCUUCCAGGAGCUGGCCACCCCAGCUCGAUUCCAAGGCCCUAGUGACACGCCAGCUGGCCUCGGCAUGGCCCAGCCCUGUUCGCCAGGCCCCCUGGGCAAUGGGGGUUCGGCAGGACUUUCCCCAGCAGGGUGGUAGGGGAGGUAAGAGCUAGGCACAAGGCUGCCGCCAGCCCGGCUCAGCUGCACCCUGGCUGGGUGCGUCAGACAAGCUCUGGGCUCCUGAGCUCCUGACCACGGACGUCAAGGGUGAUGUCAUGGGGUGGGGUGCAGGUGUGAGGCACCCGUAAGGGCCUGGCAGUAGUAGGCAUCUGCUUCCUUCUCUGGCAGGCAGGAGCAGAAGAGAGGGGAGAGGAGAGGCAGGCAGGCGUGCCACCUGGCAGCCCUGGGACCUAGUAAAGCCACGUGGCCUGUGCAGUUUAUGCAGAGGCUCCAUGUGCCUGCCUGCGUGUGACACCCCAGCCCCUCAGCCGUACCCCUCAACACAGAGGGCAGCCAAAAUGCCACGCGGGGGCUGCAGGAACAGAGUGUCCUGGGCCCAACCUCCCAGACCCAACCGAAGGCCAGCAGUGGGAGCUGGGCAGGCACAGAGCGCUCCGGGCACUGGAGGUGCCAGGAAGGGCAGUUGGGGCCACACAGCCACCCAGGCUGCCUGCCCUCACCCACGGCCCUUCCCACCCUCUCCCACCAGCUCCCAAUAACCAUGUCCCAGACACCUUGCUCCUCUCUUCCCUCCGCCCCCGGCCUUUCUCACUGACUCCUGACAAGCCCAGCAGCUGUGACUGACCUUGCCACAUGGGCUGCCCCUCCCCGGGCAAGCUUGCAUUUUCCCAGGUGGCAGAGAUAGUCAGCCAGUCCUGGAGUUUGCCCCUCUCACUCUAACUUGCUCAGGGCUGCCAGCUGUGAUCCUUAACUGACCCCAAGGUUGGGGAUAGCACUGGGGACCCCAGAAUCGUGACCGUAGCAUUUAUCAGGGAUGGGAUAGUGGGCACCGAGCAGGUGGCAGAGAGGUUUCUGGGCAGGUAUGGGCUUGUGGAACACAGUCGCCUGGCGCCUUUCUGGCCAGCCUUCUUGCAGGGACCCAUGGGUGGGCUUCAGAGAUCCCCUGACGUGACCCACCACUCACCAGGUGUGAGACCCUCAGUCAGGCUCUGCGGACUCGGUAUGCCUGUCUGUAAAACGAGCGUCAUAAACACACUUGCUCUCCAUGCCAUGGUUGAAUCCUUGUCGGGCACAGAGGAAGUCCUAUCUGCCCAUUCACCAGAUCAUACCUGGAGGUAAGGACCAGACCACAUGACGGGCAGCCCAGCCAUCUGGCAUUGUCCCUGUUGGAUUCUCAGGACUUUAGGUCCCAACAAGGCCAAAAAAGGCCACUGGGCAAGCUGGGAGAGUUUUGUUGAAAAUAGUAUCCCAAAGAAAGGGGCAGGGAGGGUAAG